GUUGGGCUUUUCCAGUCCGACUAUCAACCUAGAAGCCAGGCAGUGUGCGUGACUGCAUGUGCCAGCUUGAGCACCGCAGCGAUUUGCCGCUAGGCAGGUCAUCAGCCUUCCGUGUUCCUUAGAAAGAGCCGAGUUUCCUUCAAAUAGUCAGUCGACUGCUUUAAAAUCCUUUGCUCAACCUUUACUCAAGAGUGAGUGAAUCAAGGAUGUAACUGUCUGUCUUCCGUUGUCUUGAAACCCGAUUACCGUGACCCAGUUGUUACUCAGGUGAGCACGCCUGUUUCAUUUCCUCCGAUACAGGCGCGGCCUGCUCGCAUAUUCGUGCCCUAUGCCGUCUUGCCUGAAAUCCGAAAACACUGGAACUAUCGACAGGUCGCCUCGAUUUUGCCUUUCCGGGAACCCUUGCUCGAACAUUCGAGCAGAUUCACGACCGCAGGUUUCUUUCGGAAAAGUCAUCUUCCCGUUGGAAAGGGAUUGCACCGCUGGUUAUCACGAUGGGAACCGAAGUGUCUGAAAGACGUUACCUCGUUGAAAAUAUCGAGGAAGAAAUUGAAGAAUGGUGUAGUCUUGAGUACGAGCACAUCUGCCAGGUCAUUGGUCCAGAGCGGGUCAUCUUCGCCAACAUUAUUGAGAGUGACAUUCCGGAUGUCAGGAAAAAGUACAACGCAAAGUUUCUCACAGCCUCUAUUGGCCAGUUGAGGGACGACUUCGCGUGGGACAAGGCUGUCUUGCUAGACAUGGAUGCCGAAGAGACCCUGUCACCUGAAGACGCAGAGAGGUUCCAACUGUGUGUUUUUGGUGGCAUCCUUGGGAAUGUUCCUUCUGAUGAUCGGACAGCGGAGGUUCGCAAGCACGAUCUAAAGCAUUCACGAAAUCUAGGAUUUGAGCAAAUGACGACGAAUACGGCAGUCUUGGUGACGAAAAUAAUUUUGGAAGAUCGGAUUCCCCUUUCGGAUAUCCCGUUCGUUGACGACCCCGAAAUACCCGUGGAUGACAGGGGCUGCGAGACUGUCUGCCUUCCGUUCCGUUAUGUAGCCAAAAGCUACUACACCAAGAACAGUGCUGACAGAGAGACUCCAGUUCUUCCAGAAGGCAUGCUCGAAUAUUUGCGAGCUUCAGGCGGCUUCAGUCUGGAAUAAACCAGCUUCGAAGCCUCUGUUUGCUGCGUGAGGAUACACGCCUGUAAACGGUGAUGUUGCGGAGCAUGCUUGGUGCUCAGAACAGGCGCCAUGCCUAAUAAGUAGAUGGUUUCAAUCUUCGAGCCAGCUGCCAAUGGUAACUGUGCACGGUUGUGCAGAUAGCAUGGCCGGCAAUUUUUGUAAUUCGGCUCUCCGAGUCAUACUUCUUUGGCAGUACCACUUCCGCACGCGCAAGUGGUAAGCCCAGUUCACCUCACAUAGUAUUACAUUAUUAUCCUUGUUUUGUUCCGUUAAGGCGAUUACUCCGCACGAGCCGUGGCGGGUGCUUGCGAAUCGAGAAGAGCGGAUGCUGGCGUGGUCACGUAGUCUAGAUCUGUUAUUUGUACAUCUCAGGUGGUUCAACAACUUCAGACACUGCUAUACAUUCUAAGCGCCUGUAGGUUU